AUGUCCUCCGUCGACAUCUUCGCCAUUGAGGAAGCCAUGAAGGCCCAGUCCCUCGACCAGCUUCGCGGUUACGCUCAGAACUCCUACGCAGAAGUACAACAAAUGUCUACUACUGAGUACGUCCCCAAGCACCAGGCCCUGGGCUACCAGGUCCUUCGGGAACCUCUUUGGAACAAAGGCCUUGCCUUCACUCCUGAGGAGCGUGUCACCAAGAACCUCACGGGUCUGCUGCCUCACGUCAUGGAGAACCUCAACACGCAGUGCGAGCGCUCCAUGAAGAUGAUCAGGACUCGUCAGACAAACAUUGACAAGUACCUCUACCUCUCGUCCAUCAAGCAUGAGAACGUGGAUCUCUUCUACCGCCUGCUCAUGGACAACGCCCGCGAGCUGAUGCCCUUGGUCUACACCCCGACCAUUGGAGAUGUCUGCCUCCAAUACUCCACCCUCUACACCCGCCCAGAGGCUCUCUACAUCUCCAUCAAGCAGCGCAAGAGCAUCCGCACUAUUCUGAGGAAUUGGCCCCACCCUGCCCCGGAGAUCUGUGUCGUCACGGACGGCUCUCGAAUCCUGGGUCUGGGUGACCUGGGUGUGAACGGCGUUGGCAUUCCCAUUGGCAAGCUGGCCUUGUACACUGCGGCUGCUGGUAUCCACCCUGAGAAGACCCUGCCCAUUGUCCUGGACUGUGGCACGGCCAACGAGGCCAACCUGAAGGAUCCUCUCUACCUGGGUCUGCGCUCUAAGCGCAUUUCCGUGGCUGAGCAGGAGGAAUUCAUGGACGAGUUCAUGGAGGCAGCCGUUGACGUCUUCCCCAACAUGGUCGUCCAGUUCGAGGACUUUGAGAGCGAAAAGGCUUUCAACUACCUCGACAAGUAUCGCAACAGCUACAAGUGCUUCAACGAUGACAUCCAGGGUACUGGUGCCGUCGUUCUGGGAGGUUACAUCGGCGCUGUCAACCUGUCUGGCGUUCCUCUCGAGGAGCAACGUCUUGUCUUCAUGGGUGCUGGAUCCGCAGGUGUCGGUGUCGCCAAGCAGCUCGUCGAGUACUACACCCGACGAGGACUGUCAGAACAAGCCGCCAAGGACAAGUUCUGGCUGGUCGACACCAAGGGUCUCGUAACAAGGGACCGUGGCGACAAGCUGGCCGAGCACAAGAAGUACUUUGCUCGGACAGACAACAACGGCCGCCAAUUCCGCACCCUGGAGGAGGUCAUUGAGUACGUCAAGCCUUCUGCCCUGGUGGGUCUCACUGCCACCUUCGGUGUCUUCACCGAGUCGGUGGUCCGCGCUCUCAAGGCAUCUGUCGAUGCCGGUGGUCUCGGCCGCCGCCCUAUCCUCUUCCCCCUCAGCAAUCCCCUGAUCAAGGCCGAGUGCACCUUUGAGCAGGCCAUCAACUGGACUGAGGGCACCGCCAUCUUUGCCUCUGGCUCUCCCUUCUCACCUUACACCGUCAAGGCCGCCGACCAGGCCAUCACCUACCACCCCAACCAGGGCAACAACGUCUACGUCUUCCCGGGUAUUGGCCUCGGCGCUAUCCUCGCCAAGGCCUCCCGGGUCACGGAUGACAUGAUCUACACCUCGGCCGAGGCCCUUGCCAACUGCCUCAACGCCGAGGAGAUCCACAAGGGUCUGAUCUACCCCCGCAUCGAGCGCGUGCGCGAGGCCAGCGUGAUCGUCGCCAGGGAGGUCAUGAAGGCGGCGAGGAGGGACGGCGUCAGCGAGCUUCCCGAGGCGCAAUGGCAGGAGUGGGAAGAGUGGGGAGACGUUGCCCUGACCAAGUUCAUCAAGCAUCGCAUUUACGACCCCUUCCCCGAGGCCCGCCCUCAUGCCCACAUCUAG